CACUUUUGUCCAUCUCUAACACUAGAUUUCUCUCUCGCGCUCAAACGCCAAUCAGCUGUUUGCUUAGUUUAUUGUUCUAUGGUCUUGCCACGGCAAUAUUUAAUUAAACGUAUCUAAUAAGUGUGGAAAACAAAACAAAUUUGUAUUCGCGGAAGGUUUGACUGCACAAAACUAAUGGAAUUGUAAAUCAAUCAUGGCAUGGAUAAUUGAAUUUUAUGGUUCCCUUUGUUAUUUACUGUGAUUGCUUUUAUCGUUAUGCAGCAUAUUUCUCAACCAAACAUUGUGCUACUCGCUCUGAUUAACUAAUCGCAAACGGGCUAAUCACAAAGCACGAACGCUGAUAAGAAUUUGUUUGCACCUUCUAUUCGGCUAAACUUUGGAAUUAAAGCACAUUCGUGUUUUUGUUCACUUGCAGUGAGGAACAUGGAGUCUGAGUUUCAGGAUAAUUUAAGCAGCAGAAGCAGCAGCAGCAGCGGCGGCGGUGGCGGUAAUGCAGACCUCAAUCUUAACCAACGUUAUCGACAUGCUGGCGACCUGACUGGCGAGCCGCCAACGCGAGCAUUUUCCGAGAUCAGCAUUAAAGUGCCCUGGGGUCACAUAGCUGGCAAAUGGUAUGGCCCCCAGAAUGUGCAACCCAUUUUGGGUCUCCAUGGCUGGCAAGAUAAUGCGGGCACAUAUGAUUUGUUGGUGCCUUUGCUAUCACCGGAUGUGGCUUUUCUUUCGGUAGACCUUCCCGGCCAUGGAUUGUCUUCACGUCUGCCUGAUGGCUGUUAUUACAAUUCGGUGGAUAAUCUAUAUGUGAUAAGGCUUAUCAUGAAGCAAUAUAAGUGGGAGAAGGUGUCUCUGGUUGGCCAUUCCAUGUCUUCCAUAAUUUGUUUUGUGUUUGCCGCUGUCUUUCCCGACAAGGUUGAUAUGAUAAUUGGCAUUGACGCGUUAAAGCCACAUCAACGUCCAUACCCCUCGGUCAUUCGCACCAUGGAGACGCGCCUGGACGAAUUUCUACGAGAGGACGAACGCAAUCGCAGCAAAAACGAACCGCCCAGCUAUACUUACGACGAGCUCAUCGAGCGCGUCUACAUCGGUACCUUUCACUCGGUCAACAAGGAGCUGUGCAAACAUAUGCUCGCGCGCAACAUCCAAAAGUCGGGCAAGUAUCCGGACAAGUACUUCUUCUGUCGCGAUCGUCGCCUAAAGUUUUACAACUAUGCGAUUGGGUCCCAGGAGCUAUGCGUGGAAAUGGCCCAUCGCAUUACGUGUCCCUAUCUAUUUAUCAAGGGCUCACAGUCAUCCUAUUUCGAGGACAAAAAGUACUACGAUGAAGUGCUUGAAGUGCUGUUAAAGAAGCCAAACUUUGAGUAUCUGGUGGCAAAUGGCACGCAUCAUCUGCACAUGAAUAAUCCAGAGGCUAUUAUUGGCCCGGUCAACAACUUUAUACAACGUUUUGGUCCAGCUGCCUCUGCUGCGGCGCGCAAAAAGGCCAAGGAGGCUGCUGAGAGCAAACUGUGAGGCUUACAACAAAAAAAGCCAAACCCAAAUUCAGUAUAAACUUGGAACAAUUGGGGCUUAUUUAUUGUUGCAUAAAUGAUUCUGUGUAU